UAUGUUAUAAGGGUUUCCCUUGUGCAGGAUGACCGGUUGUAUUGUUUAUAUACAUGAACAAUCAUAUCGUUAAGACAGUGGCUAAUGUUCUAAGUGCAUUUUUUUCUCUCCCUUAUUGGCCCACAAAACGGUUCGAGUCCGCUGAGGAGCUGGAGGGGUGGAGCGCGCGCGCGGAGCGGAGCGCGCCGUUUGUGUGACAGAGAGAGACAGCAGAGCGCGAGAGCCUGUGCGCGCGGCACUCACAACAGACCGGCGCGUGCCACAAGCGUUUUAACGGCGUUUUAACGGAAAGCGGGGUCGUUACACACAUUAACUCUCGAGAGAAGGAAGCGAGAAACGGAGAGAAAUGCGGACUGCUGAAAUACAGGUGAUGGCUUCUCAAAAUUGAUGCAAGCGGUUGUUCCAUCCAUCACCAUGUGAUAUACAAUCAGAAUGAUGACAAUGCCUUUGGAUGAACUGAGACUUCAACUCAAAACAUCAGCUACAGGUCCUUUUGGUUUUGGAAGUGGUGACAAACACUGACUGCUUUGACUGGUUAAGACGGCAAACUUUUUCUUUCCUGAAUGGAGUUAUUCUCGCCUCUGUGCCUAUAUUUUACAAGAAUCCUCCCAGUAAUGGCUUUGAUGGCCAUCACUCACUGAAGUGACACUGAAAUCCAAUAAGACUGAAGAUUUUACCACAAUCUUAUCUCAUCACUGAACAGUUUGAUCCAUCGGCAGUGGGACACCCACACACUCAUACGCUACAACUUACACAAAAAAAGGACCACCAAAUUCACUCAAGCAGGUCCAAAAAGUGCUGUCAGGAAAAAAAAAAAUUGCCACCAAAAAAGUUUCCAAAGGAGUUGUGCUGUUUGCAGGAUACUGAAAGACCAUGGCAGCUGAAAGCGUGAUCGAGCUCAGGGACUGGCUGUUCCUGCUUCUCCUUUGCCUGACUUUAUUGGUGGAAGUGCUGGAAUUUGCAGCGGCAACAGCUGCGAUCACCGAGGCAGCACUUGGGGAGGCAGAGCUUCAGGGCGAUGUUCCAUGUCCAUCAGCAUGUAGAUGUGAUGAUGGCUUUAUUUACUGCAAUGACCGUGGAUUGAGCAUCAUACCACCUUUACCGUUAACAGCAGCUGUGCUCUAUUUGCAAAAUAAUCGCAUUAAUAACGCUGGCCUACCAACCUCCUUAGAGCGGCGAAUGACUGUUCAAGUAGUUUAUCUCUAUGACAAUGAACUUGAUGACUUUCCAACACAUCUGCCUCCAUCACUACGUGAACUUCACCUUCAGGACAACAACAUACGAACUUUGCCUCGUUCAGCUCUUGCACGUUUACCCUUACUAGAGAAGCUCCACAUGGAUGAUAAUUCAAUUUCAACCGUAAGCAUUGAAGACAAAGCUUUUGCAAACAAUCCACGACUACGACUUCUCUUCUUGUCACGUAACCACCUUUCAAGUAUACCAUCAGGGUUGCCAUCAUCACUAGAGGAGCUCAGAUUGGAUGACAAUCGGAUUUCUACAAUUCCAACACAUGCAUUCAGGGGACUUACCUCACUAAGACGUCUUUUUCUUGACGGGAACUUGUUGGCAAAUCAACGUAUAGCUGAUGACACAUUUUCACGACUGUCUAAUUUAACAGAGCUCUCUUUGGUACGCAACUCUCUUCAGUCACCACCUUUAAACCUUCCCAGCAUGCACCUUCUUCGACUAUACCUACAGGAAAAUGCUAUGACUCACAUGCCAAGAGGUUCAUUGGAUGGUAUGCAUAGGCUGCAAAAGCUUGAUUUGUCAGGCAACAACCUGACAACCCUUCCUAGGGGUUUGUUCAGGGACUUGGACAGCAUCUCACAGCUACUUCUGCGUGGGAAUCCCUGGUAUUGUGGCUGCAACCUCCGCUGGCUCCAUGAUUGGUUGCAUGUCCGAGGUUCAUCGGUAACAGUGAGGGGUCUAACAUGCCACGGACCAGAAAAAGUCAAGGGCAAAUCACUUAGGGACCUCACAAGUCAAAUGGAACAAUGUGAGGCAGGUGUGGAUGGACCUGGAGGAGUUGGAGGAGCAGUGGGAGGCGAUGGACCUAAAAGAGACAAAGUGGAUUCUUCAACUGAAACCCCAACCACAACAACCCUCACUCUUCCCCAGGGUUCUCUAUUCACACUCAGGUCCAGAAGACCCGUACACAGAUACCCUGACUUGCGACAGGACAAUUCUGCAGAGGGUGAAGGUGAGGAUGUUAGUAAAACAUUGUUGAUCAGUGUAAAGCCUUUAACUCCAGAGACAGCCCAUAUUACGUGGCAGGCUGCUCAACCAGCCUCAGCGUUCAGGCUAUCCUGGCUAAGACUUAGCAGUAACCCAGCCAUGGGAUCUAUUACAGAGACACUCGUCCCUGGAGACCGCAGAGAGUAUUUACUCACUCAGUUACAACCACGGUCAAGUUAUAUUAUCUGUGUGGUGCCUCUUGUUGUCAAUAAAGGAAGGAGGACACCAUUUACAGGAACAGGCGGGUUGAAUUUGAACACUGACUCAGAGCAUGAACACCCUGCUUGUGCCAGAACAGAGACAGCAGACCUUCAGAUUCAGCCUAGUGCUGAUCAAGGUCAGGGUGAUCAAGGUACAGAUGAAUUUACUGUCUUACCCCUUGCAGGGAUUAUAGGAGGGGUGACUGCAUGUGUUUCUCUGUUUUUAAUUUUUGGGAUUUUCUGCUGGUAUGGACAUCGGGCAGGAUAUCUCACAGCUGAUGAUCAUACGGUCUAUGCGCGUGACGUUGUCGGGCCCCGUAGUGCUGUCAAGCAUUAUGAUGACUAUGUAGAAUCUGGUACCAUUAAGGACACUUCGAUCUUAGAGAUCGGAACACCUGGUUUCCAGAUGACGCCGUUGGCAGCCCAACAGCCACUGCAGCCAAAGGCAAAAGUUGAGGACAUGACAUAUAUUCAUACUAUUUUUCCCUCAAAUAAUACAACCCUUUACAGGAGCACCCUAAACCACACAGCGAAUCCAAGCUAUGGAACCAACCGUGGAUACAGAGAAGGUGGAAUACCAGAUAUAGAUUAUGCUUACACGUGAUAGUCUUUGUAACGUCCCCUAUCUUUCCUGGCGACUAUCUUUAAGACAAAGUAGCUGAGUAGGGUUUUGUUCAUUGUCUUAGGUUCCAAAGUAGGGGUGUGCCAAUUCUGAUGUAGUCUACGUAUCAUCUAUAUCCACAAUAAUCUUGUUACAUUAAAAUGCUUGUUUUAAACAUAUUAAAUCAAAAGGUUAAUUAAACAAUUGCAUAAACAGUGUGUAGAAACAAUCCAUGAAAUCCAUAUAGUCUCCAAAAUCCAGUGAAAACCAAAUUUGAUUCCCAAACCACUCAAGGUGCAAAAACAAAACCAGAAUAUCUUCUGAGUUUUAAUAUAUUCAUUGAUUUCUUAUGUGAUUUGUCUCAUCAUAACCACAAGAUUACCACAAGACAAGAUUACCAAAUGGCCUCAUUUUCACACAGUCAUGACGCAGGUUUUCACAUGGCACACCCCUAAUCCAAUGUACCCUUUUGUGCCUCCUUCGGUCUGUUUCCAGUCUAUCUGUAAACCGUUACAAUUUGGGACAAUGAUUCCCUGGGGAAAAAAAAUCUAGAACAAAUAAGUGCCAGAGAUACCAUUCUUGGUAUUGAUAUUAUUUAACAUUGAAGGUUUGGGGAACUUUUAUAUUUUUUUCAUACCUGUUUAUUUCCUUGAGCUAAGUCAUGUUAAAGGGACAUAACAGUAGCAGUAAGAUAAUGUUAUCCUGAGGAACCAGGUGUGUAUAGUUAGAACUUUACUACCUGUACUGUGUAUGAGCAAAGGAAAUGGGUGCCUUUCAUUUGUUGUCAACAUCUACUAUGACAAAAAUAACAAAAAAUUUUUGUUUGUAAUUCAGAUUAUAGGUUCUUACUAUUCCCAUUACCCUGUCUCUCUUUUGAUUUUCUCCGGUAUUGUAUUUUCUUUUAUUUUUUAUGCUGUGCAGCCCGAAAAAGCUGACAGGGGUGAUAACGGUUUGACAUUUAGUUGGUUUCUUUCUUUUUUAUUGGGGAAGGGUGUGGGUGCCAGGAAAACAGAAAAAAAAUGGUUUCAUGGUUUUGUGUUUACUAAGAAAUUAGUUAUUAAAAACCAGUUUUUGCAAAAUGAGCAUCAUAUAUUAAAAACCCGAGCUAAAAAAGAAGCUAGAUGAGAUGUUCAAAAUGGGAAAAGGCCUAUUCAAAGACAAUCAUGCGAGUAAGACAUCUCUCUCAAACUGACAGGCUGACACAGAUAAAGCAGUCAAUUUGGUACUAACUUAAUCCAAGCUAAUGGGAAGAGGAUAUCGAUAAAGAACCACUGUCUGGAGAAUAACAUGAGCACUUAAUCCAAUAAAGGCCAUGAAAAGUAGCCAGUGGACAUUUCCAUGACUCUAACUAUGUCACCAUGAAGAACCACUAAUAAAAAUCCAUCCAUGCCCUUAGACAAUAGAAAUCAGGUACAAAUUUAAAAAUAAGAGUUACAACACUGUGGACCUCUGCAACUUCUGUAUAAGUAAUGGAAUGUGGUAUAGAAUGCCGUCUUUCUUUUUUAAAUGGAUAAAGGAGAAUCUUGUACCCAAAUUAUUGGUAGAAACUGGAAGCAUUGCUUGUAAAGCUGGAGUGUUAGUAAUGUCAGCAAAAUAGUAUAUAGUCCCUUUAAUUUUCCUGCCUUUUAUGAUGCAUUUUGAAAGUGAAAUAUCUGAACAAAUAGCAAAUCUGUCACUUUUUCUCUGCAGUAAAUAAUAAACAGCUUGUUUUUUUCCCAUCCGUAUACAUAUCUAUAUAUAUAUAUAUAUACAUCAAAAUUAAAACAGUUGUGCUGAACAGCAUUUCUGUGUUAAUUUGAGUUUUACAAAUAUACAUCUAAAAGACAACAUACUAUUCUUUUGCCAAAUCUAAAAAUACACAAAUUAUGGGUAGGUCCUCAACUGGUCCUGGCAUUUCUAAAAAAUAAAAAAAAUAAUGACCUUUAUGGCACAAGAGUCAGUGAGGAAAGAGAAUGAUGUGAAGAGAAAGCAAAUGGAUUGAGUCUUUUCUUUUUUGUCUUCAAUCUGAAGUGUGUGGUAAAGCCUGUGUAAGCAACACAUGGAUCAAUAUAAUAAGAAAGGACAGUGUAAGUGUUCAUCUAAGACAGAGAAGAGGUUUUUCAUAGGCAGGUAUUCCCAACACCAAUUAACACCAUUAUAUUUUUCAUUCUAUUUCUGGACAUUUACUCAAACCCAUUCUUGGUGAAUUAUUAUCAACAGCAAUUAAACUUCUAUAAAUCAUGUAUGCUAUUUUUAACAACUACACUUACAUGGAUUUAAUGCAUCUCUGGAACCCAAAACUCUCUGUGUAUGUUUGUGCGAAAGAGAGAGAGAGAGGGCAAAAGAAAACAAGGUUUAUCUGGGCUAAUUAGUGUGAAAACUCUGUUGAUUUUGGUUAAAUGAUACAUAGCACUAACAGGGAAGUUAAACCAUAUGCUGAAUAUUUCACCCAUGUUUGGAUUCAAGUGAAAUUUUGAAAUAUAAAAUUAACACGUUAACAUCACAAGUUCUAAAACGUUCAACUGAAAGAGUUCAUACAAACUGAGCAAAACAUCAAGCUAUUUUGUUUAACAGCGCUAUGCAACAAGCUUCCUGAUGAUGGCCCUGAUGAUCAGCAUGUCUCUUCUUCCUCCAUUUACCACAUUGGGGCAAUUAAGCUAAUUAGACUAAGAGAAGGCCAGCAUUCAAGUUUCCUUCAUUUGAGCUAAAGUGGCGAUUGAUUGGAAGAGAAUGGAAGGGGUGGGAGGCUUUUAACGAGGCCUGCAAUAAUUGCUAUGCAUGCCUUUCUGCAAGCUCACUGAGUUAGUUUUUAAAGCCACCGUACUGUUCAUUAAUGGCUCAGCAUCUGAGAGUUGGUUCGUCAGUGCUGUACAUCAAACGGAAUUUCAAUUAACACAGUCGACGUUCCGCAAAAAAAAUUCCAGAUGUUGCCGAACAUUCACGUACAAGAGUGUAUCUGCUCAUUAACUACACAUCAUUUACACAUUCAUUUUCGAAACUCCGUCCUUACAAUUCUACUCCAAACCAUGAUAUACCAUUUCAAAAGCGCUAGGCUACUCGGUAGGU